AUGAUACUCACACUCACUCUCACACACACACACAUUCUUCUCUUUGACUGUCCCACCAUCUCUCACCGUGGGAUUAUCUAAAGACAGCACCGCAGCCACCAUAUCAUCACAUGAGCAGCACUAGAGCCAUGCAGAAUAUAUCGAAGCCACCUCCUCCUCUGGUGCUGCCUCAAGGAGCUGUAGCCAUGAGGAUCAAAAGCUCGACAGGCAGCGGCGACCGCCUGAGUCAAACCAAGUCCAUGGUCAUACCAGAAGUUGACACAGCACCAAAACCACUUAACCGACAUCGCAGGAAUCAGUCCCAGCACAACACCCUUCAGGGUGCACAGCAGCUCCAGCCUGAUUUGCAUGGGGUUUAUCUGAACAAAACCAAGAUCUCCGAAGGAGGAAAGAAACUCAAGAAAAACUGGACAUUAGCCUGGGUUGUCAUUUCAUCAAAUGAGCUCCAUUUCUACAAGGAGAGCAAACAAGAAGCCAUGGCCAGUUUGAAACCAGGAAUUAAACCAGAAGCGGUGGAUCUCUGUGGCGCCCUUGUAGAAUGGACAACGGAGAAGUCGAGUCGGAAGAACGUGUUUCAGAUAACAACAAGGUUUGGUGAGGAGCUGCUUCUGCAAUCAGACGACUACCCCACCAUCAGUAAAUGGCAUGAUGCCAUCAGAAAAACAGCAGGCGUAUCGUCCAGUGCAGACGCAGGGUCCGGCGGGGGAAAGGCCGCAUUACAAAGGUCCAACAGCACAGAGUAUCUGCCCAGACGAGCCCAUGACUCAACAAAAUCCAAAGCCAAAGAGCCGAAAUCAGAGAACAGACGCUCUCUCAUAUUCAAGCUGAACUACAGUGCCUCCGACAGCGCAGACAAGAACGGCGUAAAGAAUCGCCUCAAGAAGUUCAUCUCCAGACGGCCCUCCAUGAAAACACUACAGGAGAAAGGCAUCAUUAAAGAUCGCGUCUUUGGAUGUCACAUGUUGACUUUGUGUCAGCGCGAAGGGACCACAGUUCCCAAAUUUGUCCAGCUGUGCGUCAAGGAAGUGGAAAAACGAGGGCUUGAUGCUGAUGGCAUAUACAGGGUGAGUGGCAACCUGGCUACGAUUCAGAAACUCCGCUUCCUCGUUGACCAAGAGGAGGAGCUGAAUUUGGGCGACAGCCAAUGGGAGGACAUUCAUGUCAUCACCGGUGCACUAAAGAUGUUUUUCCGUGAACUGCCAGAGCCUCUGUUUCCCUUUCGCUUUUUCGAAAUGUUCGUGGAGGCCAUAAGAAUUAAGGAGCACAAGCAGAAGGUGCAGGCGUUGAAGAAGUUGGUCCAUCAACUUCCCAAACCCAACCAUAACACCAUAAAAGUGUUGCUCCAUCACCUGCAGAGAGUUUUGACAAAGUCACAGCAAAACCUCAUGUCGAGCCAAGGCGUCAGCAUUGUUUUUGGACCGACUCUCAUGUGGCCUGAGCUGGAUGCGGGGAACAUGGCUGUCAACAUGGUGUACCAGAACCAGAUAGUGGAAUUCAUGCUCAUUGAAUGUGUGGAGAUCUUUGGACCAGAAUCCAAGUAACAAGUGCUUAAAUAUAAAAUAAAAGGAGGCAGUGGGAUGAUAGGACUAUAUGCGCAUUUGUUUUACGUGAAAAGGAGGCCACAACGUAAAAGGAACAGGAACUUGCAGGACUUUGCUCUCUCCGAGCAAAUGCAUUUCCACUUCAUAUUCUGGUCUUGGUGAAGUCUUAAGCCGGGUUUACUUUGUGCGAUUUUCACCUCGAGUUUAUCGUCAUGUACGAAAGUCGUACAACAAUUCUGUGGUUGUGACUUGAGAAGAGUGUUCUUAAAAACGGACAGUGUGACCUGCUCACCUGAAGUCAAUUUAGUGCCAUUGUGACCAAACAGAUUCAAAAUCCUGGUAGUGUCAGAAUUAUUAAAAUCUCAGUGCUAUAACGCUCGUCUAAAAAGGAUGGCGAGGGUUUCUGCAAAAUUCACAGCACAGCUACAAGUGCAAAUAUAAACAAAUCACGUUAAUUAAUCUAACUUUUAACAGCCUACAUGCCUGGCCCCUUGUACAGUGACAUGAAUAGCUGCCAUACAUGUUCACUCUGAAGCAUGGGCAUUCCCAGUCGUCCUUUUCAAUUCCAAACUCCUUUUCUUCACCUUUUACAAUGUGUUUUGUCUAACAUUGCUACUUUUAUACAAAGGGCUUAUUUCUGUUCAUGCUUUAUUUUUAUUUCUGAACAAGCCUGGAUCACGUUGAUUGAUGACAUAAGCAGAAUGUUGUAGUUUUCUUUAAUCGCAGGUCAAUCACUCAAGAGAGUCAAGAGAGCAAAAUUGGCCGUGCUCUCGAGAUGGGAGGGAUGGUGUACCAUCUCUCCCUGUCAGUUACAAAGACAUAAGCCAAUCGUAGGCAUUGGUGAGUUCAUGUAUGCAGAAGAGGGUAGACAGCUCUUUCCUGAGAAUAGAUUAUGCUGCCCUGUGAUACAACCAGCAGUUGGAAAUGAUGCGUUGGUUGGCUUUGCACAUCUUGGAGGAACCAAGUGUUUCCCCUACGCUCCCUGGUUGGUCGUUGCCAUGUGAAACAGAAGACUUGGGUAGUCGGUGGGACAGAAAAUUGUGUGUUAUAAGUUAAGGGCGUGUGUGUGUGAAAUGCUAAUCAUAAUUAGCAUCCUGAAUGGAUAAAUGUACAUUAAGGAAGCUGUAAACUCUUGCGUUUUGGUCGAUUUGAGCUGCCUUGAUUUCCUGAUCAGUUUUGACUUUUGAUGUGUAGGUCAGAAAAUGGUUUCUCCUUUUUUUUUUCAUCAUCAUCGUGUCAUAAAGACUUGUGUACUCAUGUAAAUAAAAAGUUAUCGUUUC